GAGGCACACACGAGGUGGUGGUGGCAGUGGGCGGAGACGGCGUGGAGAGGGGGAAGAUGUGGAGCGAGUGGCUUGGCUUGCUCGCUGCAGAAACAGAACCAACAUCAUCACCAGCAGCAGCCGCUCGCCCGGGACUCGACUGGCUACGCACAUCGAACGAGAGCUUCCUGUCCGUGAACGCGGCGGCGUUGGGCAAAGCGACUACCCCAAACCCCUUAGCCCACCAUCAUCAUCAUCACCAACAACAACACACGAGUAGCGUCAACCACACAGCCGCAGGAGAACAACCGUCCGGCCACCGCCACCACCGACAGGGAUUUUACGAAUGACCGUCACGAGAAGCCGCUCGCGAUCCAAUGCGAGGGGCUGUGCCGGCUCUGGCGCAGCAUGUGGCUUGUGGGCAAAUUUGGCCCCAGAAACUACAUGGCUUGUCUGGGCUUACUCAUGCUGCUGUCAGCGGUCAGGAUUGUCAUUCAUCUGGGCGGCGGAGGAGUGUCUCGUUUUCUAGGAAAUUCUUCAAGACUGGAGUAUGAUUUUCCAAGCAGACCAAAGGUAUUGCCGUUCCCGAGCCAGCUCGUGUAUAACCGCGUGGGGAAGUGCGGGAGUCGAACCGUGGUGCAGCUGCUCAGGAUCCUGUCGGCGAGGCAGGGCUUCAACCUCCUCACCUCUGAAAUCCACAACAAGACUCGCCUCGGACGCAUGGAGCAGUCGGAGCUGAUCAAGAACGUGAGUGGCCUGGAGAAGCCGUUCCUCUUCACGAGGCAUGUCCACUUCCUCGACUUCACCAGGUAUGGCGUGGAGCAGCCAGCUUACAUCAACAUCAUCCGCGACCCCAUCAGCCGCUUCCUCUCCAGCUACUUCUUCCGCCGGUUUGGCGACUGGCGCUCGGAGCAGAUCCACCUGGUUCGCACGCCGGGCAUGAAGGAUGACGAGAGGUCCCUGAGUGUGAACGACUGCAUCCUCAAGAAUUACCCAGAAUGCACCAACCCUCGCCUGUUCUACAUCGUCCCCUACUUCUGUGGGCAGGAUCCCCGGUGCCGAGUUCCCAGUAGCUGGGCGCUCAAGAGGGCCAAGGACAACGUGGUGCAGUACUACUUGCUCGUGGGCAUCCUGGAGGAGCUGGAGGACACACUGCUGGUGCUCGAGAGGCUCCUGCCCCACUACUUCAGCGACGCCCUGAAGAUUUACAGCGACCCAGACUACUUCGGCCUGGGCAACGGCACGAGCUCCCUCAAGAAGCAGCUGCCGUCGCGGCGCGCCCUGCAAGUGCUGUACCAGAGGCUCGGCUACGAGUACGACUUCUACUACUUCGUGCGCGACCAGUUCCACCUGCUCAAGCGCAAGCUGGGCCUCAGGGUGCCGCGGCGGCCCAGGCCACAAGACGUCACGUUGCCCCCCGGGGCGACGCGCCUCUUCGCCGACGAGACGGCCGCGGUGGCCGCAGGGGGGACGGCGGCGGCAACGACGGCGGCGGCGGCGGUGGGAGGAGGAGGAGGAGAGGCGGCGACGGAGGAGGCAGCGGCGCCCGAGGCCCGUGCCCACGAGGGCCAGGACUCGGCGAGGGAAAGCGGCGGCGUAGGAGAGGGCACGGGCAGCCGAACGCCGCCCGUGGCGCACGGGGCUUUGGUCCUGCGCACGUUAAACGAGGAUGGGGGGAAGGAAGGUGACACCAACGUGGACGUGGAUGUCUCGCAGUGGCUGCGGGAGAACUACCGGCGCUGACCGCCGAGUCCGUUCCGCCGGGACACAUUUGCGUUUUGUUUUAUGUUCUGCACAGAAUAGAUGGGUUAAUUUGGUGUACAUAUACUGGAGUGACGAGCGAGUGGUAUUUGCGAGCUAUUUCAAUCGUGGGUGGCUUUCGCUUUGUGUGAUGAUGCGAACAUAUUUAAGAAGCCUGAGAUGAAAAAAAAGCCUAUACAGUUAUGAAAGUGAUUAUUUACCGAUGUUAGUUUCGCUAAGUUUUACGACACUCUAUGAGUGGUAUUUUGAAUUUUAACUCAUCAGAGAUUCUUUGCUGACGUGCCGUGGUCAUGACGUCUGUCGAUUAUGGCGGGCAAUCACAUCUCUGAAAAAAGAAAUCCGUUGAUCUUACAUCCUGAAUUGAGCAGAUUAAGUUGUGCAUUUGGUGUUCGUUAUGAAAAACAUUGUUCAAAGGGAUUCAAUACUCACGCUGACACCAUCAUGCAUAUUAAUUCACCAUCCUAAUAGACUCAAAUAAAACUAAACUAUUUAAUAUUUUACCCGGUAAGGCCCUAUGAGCUAACCAACUCUUUUUCAGAUGCGACCAGGCCACAAAUUAUAGCUCAACGAAGUGGCUUAUCACAUGGAAAUGUAUAGCAGCCAAAUACUCUAAACGUGUGAUUCUAAAUACAGGGUGGGGGGGGGGGGGGGGCCUGGAGGACCCGGAGAAAAUUCCACACGACCACAGGGAGAGAGACCUGCAAACUCCAAAUAUACAGCAGACGUCAUGGUCGGUAUCGAACCCACAACCUCCUGCAUACGAGGCGAGGUAGUUAAUAUCUCCCAUCCUUGUCCCCGCAUGUUAUUUCUUUGAAGGCGUGUCACACGGACUUCAGUUCCGUUUAUCCUGGGCGACCAAUCCCCUAGCGAUGAGGCCCAAGUGGAAUGUGCUCCCGUUGUGAAAUAUUUUAACGUUGUAAUUAACAAACUCCAGCGGCGAGUAAAACGGUGGGCCCUGCACCCGCCUAGCCCCACAGCCCAGCUCGCCAUGCCCACACAUCAAAGCCAGCACAGAAGCCACCCGGUUCUUUGUCGGGAUGGAAAUAAUUACCAAAGUGCGUCAUUGUCUGUUGGGGGGAAAAAAAAAGAGUACGUCACGGCGUAAUUUGCCGGCAAAGUCAGUUGUGCGCCGGUGUGGCUCAGAUUAUAAAUUGUGACGGCGAUGCAAUUUGCGCCGUCGACCAAAUCGCCCAGAAUGUGCCCGAUGUCAGAAGCUAAGCUGGUUUGAGCGCUGGACAGUGCUUGGACGGGUGACCACUGUGCAAAAGGCUGGUUGACAUCGGCUUCAGGGAUGUGUGGUGGGCAGCAGAGGGUAGUGCAGCAAAAAGCCAUCGCUGCGCCGUGAUUUUAUGCUCAACCCGUACUGAACCAGCGUGGUGAAGUAUGGUCAAUUAACCCCCCUCCUCACCCAUGCUACAGCCCACAUGGCAUGGGGAGGCCAUCAUUCGGAGGUGGAUUAAGGGCUGUUAUUUGCAACGUAACUCUGCGUGGUGUGGAAGUGCAAUGUGUGUAGAUGCUGUCAGUCUGGAGUUGAUGUGCCGAUGGGGUGAGUGUGUGAGUGGGGUUGGUGAGUGGGAGAGGUGGGUGUGCAAGUGGGGAGUGUGAGAGUGAGAAUGGUGAGUGUGUGAGCGAGUGUGUGAGAGGGGUGUGUGUGAGUGGUGAGUGAGAGUGGGGUUGGUGAGUGAGUGGAGUGAGUGGGGUGAGUGUGUGAGUGGGGUGAGUUUGUGAGUGGUGAGUGUGAGUGAGUGGGGUUGGUGAGUGGGGUGAGUGUGUGAGUGAGUGGGUGAGUGUGUGAGUGAGUGGGUGAGUGUGUGAGUGGUGAGUGAGUGGGGUGAGUGGUGAGUGAGUGGGGUGAAUGAGUGGUGAGUGUGUGAGUGAGUGGGGUUGGUGAGUGAGUGGGUGAGUGUGUGAGUGGUGAGUGAGUGGGGUGAGUGGUGAGUGUGUGAGUGGGGAUGGUGAUGAAGAGUUUCCGUGUAGAAUGGCGGCUACUCAAUUUGCUCUUCUGACGGAUGUAAGAACGUUCAAGUAUCACGGAUUAUUAUAAUUAUUUCACGGAAGAUAUUUACUUAUAAAGCACAAUUUACAUAUUUUGGGAAAUGCAAACCUUGCAAGAGACAUUCGUUGACUGCAUAUUAUGAAUGCUUUUUAUAAAAGCUUUAAAUGAAAAUUGGCUAUGAAAUAAAUAUAUAUACGAUAAUUUUAAUGAAACUACUUAGAACCAGGUACUGUGUAAUCUUCGUUUUCUUGCUACGUUUCCAGGAGUAUCAGUUUUUCCACCCCUCCUAAGUCUUACUUCGCUUGCCAUAAAAAUUGCGAUCGCAGAACCAAGGGAAUUCGAAGGUGGUGAUGGGACAGGUUUGGUCAUGGGGGCCCAAGGGGAGAAGCAAUGGCAAAGAAGCAACUGUGGUGGCCGCAGAGCAACGACCCAAUUCUGCUUCGGCCACACUCAAAGGGUCCAAGAGCCCAAAGUCGGAUUCGUGUCCCGUGCCAGAUGAACCCCGGGGUCCCAUAAGCCCCCGGCUCUCGCAUAAACUGCGUUGCGACGUCAUUGUAUGUCUGUUGAAGGCGGACGACACGACGAUCUAUUCCUCUCGACGAGCUCGACACGGUGCGCUAAUCAAAGUUGUGUUUCUUCUGCGUAUUCGUCCUCGCCUGCUGCGCUAGGACGACACGACACAACUGAAUGAUCCGCGCCAGGCGGGUCGCGGCGUUUGUUGUGCGCGGUGGGACGGAGUCGCCAAAAAUCAAUAAAUUAAUUACGAUUUUGACUUCCGUUUAUUCGGGACCACGGUAUCCCGCCAUAAGGUGCAGUUGUCACCGUCGUUAAAGAAAAAAGAAAUGUGCAGGAAAUUUAAACAACCCGCUCGGGGGGGGGGGGGGAAUACCGAUUCAGCAUGCAUGUACCAUGCCGUAGCCAAACGUGCUAAUGGAAGGUGCGGGGGAAGGGCAACACUUAAUCUAAACAAAGACAGAACAAAGAUCCCCCGUGGAGCCUGAACAGACUGUUGGGGCAAGUGCUGUUAGCGAGCACCAACACACACACACGCACAAAAUCAAUGUAAUUACACUGCUUCACACUCAGUCGGGCCUGCAGAUAUUGAGACAGCCACGAGCGGUGGGAGGGCAUGCAUAGCUGUCAACCCAUACGGUGUACCCGUGUUCUUGUACAGGGGAAUUGGGUUUUCAGGUCCAUACGGCGUACAGCCGUUUUAAUACGGGCACAUUUAAAAAAAUAAAUCUAUAUUUGUGUUUCUCCCUUGUGAUGGGACUUUGUAGGAUGAACUUUGAGAUGUAUAAGGGCACGGGGUGACCCAAUAAUGUCUGAAUUGGUGUGUAAUAAGGUAGGGCACUGAUAAGGGGUUGACAGCUACGGACAUGCUUGGCUGUUGAAAGGGCAUUUCGCUUUUGCUAUCGAGACUUUUAUUGUUGUUGUUGUCGCUCACCACGGCAAUUCUCCCGGCCUGCCACACCCACCAACAGCACGAUUGCGGCAUGCACCGAAUGCGCCCAGGAAAAGGAGAUCGGCAUUACAGUUGACAAGAGAUUAGCGGUGGAAAUGUUUGUCAAUUCAGUAUUUGUUUUUUUUAUUUUUAGUCGACGCUGACUUACAAGUCGAAGCGGGACGAUGACGACGACUAUCCACCGGGCACCCGAGAUUAUUGACCAACGUUUUUAGGGACAGAGGUGUAACGAGGACGACCAAAAAUGGCAAUUGGCUAUAUUUGUACGUAAGGUGUCACUACUGAUUGGCUAAGCAGAUAUUAAAUGCGAGGGGGAGCAAAAUUUUACGAACAGUGGAUGACAUUUUUGACUGCUUUUAGUCAACCAGACGAAGGGAAUUGCUCAAUGAAAUCCACAGGACCAUGGCUCGCCCGACAGUUCCAUCACGUUCUUUGACUUAAUGACUUGAAAUAAAAUUCGAAGUUAACACCGGGCAGUCGCUCCGGCAAAACAGUACAUUCCUGCGUACACUUGGAAGUAAUUUAAUGCAGACAGCAAUGCUACGAUAUUGUUUAACGUGUGGACCCACCACCGGAACCAAGUGCAUCUCUCUCUCUCCUGGGAGUACAUGGUCCACACCACCCGUCUUCACCUUGCAGUUCCCAUGGAAAGAUCAUCCGUAAUUUCGGGUCGGUGGGGCGAGCGCUGUUCAUAUAAACACCGACGGCGGACAGCCAACAACCAUUGGCCACCAAGCAGCGUUGGCCUCACCUGUGUCGCUUGUGACAAAAUUGGGUGCCCUUUGACGCCACGCCAACUGUCAAAAGGCUCGCUGGAAGGUCACGGGAAGGGCCCUGGUGUUAUGCACUGGCCACGCUCUCACGACACAUGUAAUACCAGACCCAUGUGGUCUCAACUCACAAAACGGCAAAGUUCAUCAUGCAUAGAGAUUUCUAAUGUACAAAUGUGCAAUGGGUGGUGGCAUGUUCAGACACUUAGCUUUGGUAAAAUGUUUAACGAUAGUCUUCUCUAACCAACGUACAGACAAGAUGUUGUGUAUUUGUCAUGACUACAAAGCCAAACAGUUCCAGUUUAUUUUGUGUAUCUACCGUGUUUGUCCUGGGACUGCGCGCACUGGAGAGAAAUAUGGAAAACAAGUUUCAAAACGAGGAUUCG